AUGAUUAAAAAAACAAGAAAAUACUCACUAACUUUUGUUUAUGACAAUUCCCAUUUCAAAACUUUUUUUAGAAGUAAUCUUAUAAAUUCGAUUAACCAAUAUUGACCGACUGAAGUAUAGAUCCUUCUGGAUUCUUCUUCUCAUGAAGGUGUCUUGCCGCCCACAAAUAAAUCUGGCCCGUCGAAUCUAUCUCAACCUCAUAUAGCCACCGAUUCAACCCCUUCUCCACAGGAUCAAGCUAAGAAGCCCCAUCCUCUCCGAUUCCUGUGAUUCCCGUGGGUGAGAUCUCUUUAUAUAUCCAGGACAUUUAUUUGUGCUUUUCAAAUACCUAUGUAUAGAUCGUGCUGAAAGGUCUCUCUUAACAUCUUAGAGUUCACUGAUUGAAAAAGAUGUUCGGAAGGCCGCCGAAAAAGAGUGACAACACUAAGUACUAUGAGAUCUUAGGAGUUGAUAAGAACGUUUCACAGGACGAUCUCAAGAAGGCUUACAAAAAGGCCGCCAUAAAAAACCAUCCCGAUAAGGGUGGCGAUCCCGAGAAGUUUAAAGAGAUUGCUCAUGCUUAUGAGACAUUGAGUGAUCCAGAAAAACGUGAGAUAUAUGAUCAGUAUGGCGAAGAUGCUCUUAAGGAAGGAAUGGGAGGUGGUGGUGGUAUGCAUGAUCCUUUUGACAUCUUCCAAUCCUUCUUUGGUGGCAGUCCAUUUGGUGGGGGUGGAAGCAGCCGGGGCCGCAGGCAAAGGAGGGGGGAGGACGUUGUUCACCCCCUCAAGGUAUCCUUAGAGGAUCUGUACAAUGGAACUUCAAAGAAGCUGUCUUUAUCCCGAAAUGUGUUGUGUCCAAAAUGCAAGGGGAAAGGGUCCAAAUCAGGUGCAUCAAUGAAGUGUUCUGGCUGCCAGGGCUCUGGGAUGAAAGUUUCCAUUAGGCACCUCGGACCGUCUAUGAUCCAGCAGAUGCAACACCCUUGCAAUGAGUGUAAGGGUACUGGAGAGACUAUCAAUGAUAAAGACAGGUGCGCACAAUGCAAGGGUGAGAAGGUUGUGCAAGAGAAAAAGGUGUUGGAAGUAAUUGUGGAGAAAGGAAUGCUGAACAGUCAGAAGAUUACCUUCCCUGGAGAGGCUGAUGAAGCUCCGGACACUGUCACUGGAGACAUAGUCUUCGUCUUGCAACAAAGGGAACAUGCUAAAUUCAAGCGAAAGGGAGAUGACCUUUUUGUGGAGCAUACCUUAACCCUAACAGAGGCCCUUUGUGGUUUCCAGUUCAUCUUGACACACCUAGAUAAUAGGCAGCUCCUUAUCAAGUCACAACCGGGGGAAGUUGUUAAACCUGAUCAAUUCAAGGCCAUAAACGAUGAAGGAAUGCCUAUGUACCAAAAGCCAUUCAUGAGAGGAAAGCUUUACAUUCACUUCACAGUGGAGUUUCCGGAGUUUUUAUCUGUUGAGCAAUGCAAGGCUCUCGAAGUCGUUCUGCCUCCCAAGCCUGCAACUGGAAUCACCGAGAUGGAGCUUGAUGAGUGUGAGGAAACCACUUUACAUGACGUUAACAUUGAAGAGGAGAUGCGCAGGAAGCAGCAGCAAGCCCAGGAGGCAUACGAUGAAGACGAAGAUAUGCAUGGCGGGGGCCAGAGGGUACAAUGUGCACAGCAGUGAUUCAACAAUAAUUUUGGGAAAUGGUGUGUGAGAUGCUUAAUGGGUCUCGCUCGUGACUAAAACUGAUUAAAAAAUGAUUAUAUGUUAUAAGCUACAUCGCUUCCUUCCUGUUGUAUCUCCACAGAGAAUUUAAAGAUUGUGUUUUGCUUCUUUCUACGGCAUAACAAUAUAACAUGCGUCUGUUUUCUUGAAUAAUGGUAGUGUUUAUUUAUUUGCUCCACUCCAUUCUCCAUUUCAAAUGACAAUUACUCUCAUUUCUUCGAAGAACUACUUUCACUUCUCUAUAA